UGUUGUCUCGGCGGUUCUAGAGAGAGCAAGAAAGAAGAUGUCGUCCAAGGUCAGCACCCUUUGCGUGGUAGCAGCCCUCCUCUUCUACACACUAACCUACGCCACUGCCAGGCCAGAGCCCACAUUUGCAGACAUCCUUCCCUUGAAAACUCAGCAUGGGGAUGCUGAACUAGGGAAAGUUAAGGUGGAGGAAAUUUGUGAAGGAGCUGGGGAAGAAGAGUGUUUAGAGAGAAGAACACUAGCGGCUCACAUCGAUUAUAUCUACACCCAGAAGCAUAAGCCUUGAAAUUUCUCAUACAGUAGUAAUCUUGUCAUUUCUGGGUUAUUUGUUUUUGUAUUCCUCAUACAAGAAGAGUGUUUUUGUAUUCCUUUCUUGUAGGAAAGAGUCUGUAUUGAUAGACAGAUUAUCUAGUUCUUCCAUUAUAUUCCAGUGCAGAGUUUGUAUACUUGGUGGAGAUUUCUCUUUCUGAUCCUUUUCUGAAGGACCUCGUGGUUAUAAACACUGCAAUUUGAUCAAAUUA